UAUUUAAAUCUUCUUGAUUAUAACCACAUAAUUUUAAUUCUAAUUCAGUUAAAUUAUUAAAUUGAUUAAGAAAUUCCAAAGGAAAUUUAAUAGAUUCCAAUUUUAAUUGAGUCAUUGAAGAUGAUUGAUGUAAUAUCGCAGGUACUAUAUCAUCAAUUCUAUUUGAUAAAGUAUAAUUUUUACAAAUCCGAGAUCCAACAACAACGUUUUUAUUACGAAUUGUUAAUCUUUUUAAAUUUCUUUGAAAAAAGAUUAAUGUUGAUAAUUCUGAUAUUUCAGUAUGUAUAGCAACAUCUAUAUGUUGAAUAUUCCAAGAGUGUUCAGCCAAUUGUGAUAAUAAUCUAGUAGAUACUGGAUGUACAUUAUGAUGCUGUUUAAGACUUUUUAAAUUUGAUAAACAACUCCUCGCUUGUGAAUUAUUUUGUAAAGCUUUAACGAUUUCUUCAGUUAUAUCCGAACUUGCAAUUUUCAAAGAAAUUAAACAUGAUGAUUGUUCUAAGAAAUGAUUUAAUAAUAAAAGUGACAUUAUUUGAAUUUGUUCAGUCUUAUAAUUUUUUUUUGCAAUAUCUAUAUCAUCCCUUGUCGUA